UUGCCUGUUUCCUUUGCUGUGCAAAAGUUUUUUAUUUUAAUGAGGUCCGAAUAGUUUACUUUUGCUUUUAUUUACCUUGCCUCAGGUGACACAUCUAGAAAGAUGUUAUGGCCAAUGUCAGAGAAAUUACUGCAAGUGCUCAUUUCUAUGAUUUUUAUGAUUUCAGCUCUCACAUUUAGGUCCUUAAUCCAUUUUGAGUUUAUUUUUGUAUAUGGUGUAAGAAAGUGGCCCAUUUUCAUUCUUUUGCAUGAGCUGUCUGUUUUUCCAACGUCAUUUGUUGAAGAGACUGUAUUUUUUUCCAUUGCAUAUUCUUGCUUCCAAGUGUUGUGAGUUUCAGAAUUUUAGUGAACAUUUAUAUUUCAUGCUUAUUUAAAAGAAAGGUAUGUGUAAGUCAAAGAAAGGAGGGUCACCAGGAUGAUGUGAGCUUUGGAAGUUGUAUUAUCUGAGUAACUGAUUAUGUUACCCAUGACUGUAACUUUUUUGUAAUGUAGUUUGAUUUUUUUAACUCUAAAUUAGACUCUGAUUUGUAUGGUCACAUAAAUUCACCCCUCUAGCUCACAACUAGUUGGACUAAUAUGUAAUGUCCACAGCAGACUUUCAAGAACCAUUUAUAGUACUUAACUUUAAAGAAAUGAGGGCGCUUUAAAAAUGUGAACCAGUAGGCUUAGCUAAAUUAUAUUCAUAGUUGCUGUUUAUAGAAUUGUUAUUAGUAUACCUUUUGAGUUUAUAGUCAACAUAUCAUCCUGAAAUAUUCUUUAACUUAUAACUAGCUCCCCUAUUCUCCAUUUUAAAAGGAAAUCUAAGUUAAGACUACGAUUUCCAACCAACCAGUCUUAAACAUUUUUUAUAAACCUAUGCCACUGUAAGUUAUAUGACUAAAUGCUAUUAAAGACAAUUAAUUAUGAGAAAUGUGGUUUUAAAAUUUGUACCUGCUCUUAUUUAGUGUUACUACAUAAAUGGUAUGCCUCUGUGGUUUUAUUGUCCAUUUUUGUGCUAAUUAAAACCAUGCAGAUUGGAAAAAUCUCAGGCAGAUCAAAAUUGGAAAGCAAUACAGGUGUAAUAAUUAUUCUACUUGCAAUUGGGAACAUGGGAAUUAAAAUACUCAUGAGAAUUUGCUCUGUUAAGUAAAACUGAAAAUGAUAAAACACCCCAAGCUUGAUUGAAGGAUUGCUCUAAGUAUGACAGAUGAAUACUAACAUUAUGUGAUGAAAUAAAUUUAUGUUAUGAAAUAAUCUCAAUUAAAUUGGAGACUGUAAAAACAGGUGGACAUUCAUAAAAUCUGGGACUUAGAAAGAAUGGAAAGAAUAAAGAGAUAAGAACCAUGAACUUUUGGAAUGGAGUAUAUAAAUUCUGAUGAAAAGAAAAAUUCAAGAUACUUUCUCCAUGCAAAAUUCACUUAAUACAAAUGAUUUCUCUUCAAAGACCCCACUAGCCCUCUAUUAUUGUGUUUUCUCAAGAAAAGUAUAUGAAUUAGUUGCUUAUAUUCCUUGCUUCCUACAAACAAAUACCUCUUUUAAGUUUUUCUUCCAUUCGUAAAUACUUGAGAUCUUGGGUCCCUAGAGAUACCAAGAAUUUUCUUAACAGAAAUCUAAGAAAUGAAGUUGUCUGAACUUUAUAUAAACAAAAGAUUUUAAAAUUUACUGCUCCUGACAUGAUUCAUUUUAUUUUUAUUUUAAAACUGGGAAAACGUAUUUUCAAGGCAUAAGGAGACCACGGUUAUGGUCACACUAAAUAUUCAGAAGUUAAGUCUCUUAAUGCUUUCAGCAAACAUGAGAAGUGUUGUUCUACGCUUUAAGAAAACUGAAGGAAAAAAAUCAGAGGUUAAAAUAAAAUUUAACAUUUAUUAAUAAAAUUGAUAAUUAUAGUUCGUACUUACUAUUUGACCACAUGAUGUCGCUCUUUACCGCGAAAUUCUCUCAUUCAAGCCAAAACGAAGUCCUCCGUUUUCAUAUUAGAAAGAUUCUCCACUGUAUUUUUCUAUGCGGAUGUUGAACAAUGGAGAGCACAUCAGGAUAGUAACGAAGAGAUAAGAUUCCUCCAAAUUUUGAGAUAAGUUACGCCGAUUUGAAUAAUUUUAAAAUCCCAAUUAAUUUGAAAUGGUGUACUCGAAUCGAGGCGACCGGGGGCACCAGCAUCUACUGCUGUUUUUUAUAAUCCUCACAGCCUGGGAAAGCGGGAGCGGCCAGGUCCACUACUCAGUCCCGGAGGAGGCCAAACACGGCACCUUCGUGGGCCGCAUCGCCCAGGACUUGGGGCUGGAGCUGGCGGAGCUGGUGCCGCGCCUUUUCCGAGUGGCUUCCAAAGGACACGGGGACCUUCUGGAGGUAAACCUGCAGAAUGGCAUUUUGUUUGUGAAUUCUCGGAUCGACCGGGAGGAGCUGUGUGGGCGGAGCGCGGAAUGCAGCAUCCACCUGGAGGUGAUCGUGGACAGGCCUCUGCAGGUUUUCCAUGUGGAAGUGGAGGUGAAGGACAUUAACGACAACCCGCCCGUAUUCCCAGAGACAAAAAAGAAUCUGUUUAUAGCCGAAUCCAGGAUGCUUGACUCUAGGUUUCCACUAGAGGACGCUUCCGAUGCAGAUAUCGAGGAGAACGCUCUGUUGACUUACAGACUGAGCCCCAACGAGUUUUUCUCUCUGGACGUACCAACCAAUGGCGAACAGGAAAAACCUCUUGGUCUUGUAUUACGGAAAUCUUUAGACAGGGAAGAAUCUCCAGAACUUCAUUUAUUGCUCACAGCCACUGAUAGAGGCAAACCUGAGCUGACUGGCACUGUUCAGUUACUCAUCAAAGUUCUGGAUGCCAAUGACAACGCACCAGUUUUCGACAGAACACUCUAUGCGGUGAAAUUACCAGAAAAUGUUCCCAAUGGAACAUUAGUAAUUAAACUUAAUGCCUCAGAUUUGGAUGACGGCAUGAAUGGGGAUAUUAUUUACUCAUUCUCUAGUGACGUUUCCCCAGAUAUAAAAUCUAAAUUCUACAUGGAUGCCAUAAAUGGAGAAAUUAUAGCAAUAGGACAUAUCGAUUUUGAAGAAUGUAAAACCUACAAAAUUCGAGUAGAAGCGAUCGAUAAAGGCUAUCUACCACUAGCUGGUCACUGUACAGUUCUUGUGCAAGUUUUGGACGCUAAUGAUAAUGCUCCAGAGUUGACUGUUACUUCCCUGUCUCUCCCUAUCUCAGAGAAUGCUCAGCGGGGCACAGUCAUCACCUUGAUCAGUGUGUCUGACCGAGAUUCUGGAGCUAAUGGCCAGGUGACCUGCACACUGUCGCCCCAUGUCCCCUUCAAGCUGGUGUCCACCUUCAAGAAUUACUAUUCGCUGGUGCUGGACAGCGCGCUGGACCGCGAGAGCGUGUCGGACUAUGCUCUAGUAGUGACAGCACGGGACGGGGGCUCGCCUUCGCUGUCGGCCACGGCCAGCGUGUCCGUGGAAGUGGCCGACGUGAACGACAACGCGCCGGCAUUCGCGCAGGCCGAGUACACGGUGUUCGUGAAGGAGAACAACCCUCCCGGCUGCCACAUCUUCACGGUGUCCGCGCGGGACGCGGACGCGCAGGAGAACGCGCUGGUGUCCUACUCGCUGGUGGAGCGGCGGGUGGGCGAGCGUGCGCUGUCGAGCUACGUGUCGGUGCACGCGGAGAGCGGCAAGGUGUACGCGCUGCAGCCGCUGGACCACGAGGAGCUGGAGCUGCUGCAGUUCCAAGUGAGCGCGCGCGACGCGGGCGUGCCCCCGCUGGGCAGCAACGUGACGCUGCAGGUGUUCGUGCUGGACGAGAACGACAACGCGCCCGCGCUGCUGCCGCUGCCUGGGGCGGGCGGCGCGGGCGGCGCCGUGAGCGAGCUGGUGUGGCGGUCGGUGGGCGCGGGCCACGUGGUGGCGAAGGUGCGCGCGGUGGACGCGGACUCGGGCUACAACGCGUGGCUGUCGUACGAGCUGCAGCCGGCGGCGGGUGGCGCGCGCAGCCCGUUCCGCGUGGCGCUGUACACGGGCGAGAUCAGCACGACGCGCAGCCUGGAUGAGGCGGACUCGCCGCGCCAGCGCCUGCUGGUGCUGGUGAGGGACCACGGCGAGCCGGCGCUGACGGCCACGGCCACCGUGCUGCUGUCGCUGGUGGAGAGCGGCCAGGCGCCCAAGGCCUCGUCGCGGGUGUUGGCGGGCGCCGCUGGCGCGGAGACGGCGCUGGUGGAUGUCAACGUGUACCUGAUCAUCGCCAUCUGCGCGGUGUCCAGCCUGCUGGUGCUCACGCUGCUGCUGUACGUGGCGCUGCGGUGCUCGGCGCCGCCCAGUGAGGGCGCGUGCGGGCCGGGGAAGCCCACGCUGGUGUGUUCCAGCGCGGUGGGGAGCUGGUCGUACUCGCAGCAGAGGCGGCAGAGGGUGUGCUCUGGGGAGGGUCCGCCCAAGACCGACCUCAUGGCUUUCAGCCCCAGCCUUCCCCCGUGUCCUGGAUCUCUGAAUCCAACGGAAGAUCCACAAGCUUCUUUGGAGUCUUCUGGAAAGCCACGACAGCCCAACCCAGACUGGCGUUACUCUGCUUCCCUAAGAGCAGGAAUGCACAGCUCUGUGCACCUAGAGGAGGCUGGCAUUCUACGGGCUGGGCCAGGAGGACCUGAUCAGCAGUGGCCAACGGUAUCCAGUGCAACACCAGAACCAGAGGCAGGAGAAGUGUCCCCUCCAGUGGGUGCUGGUGUCAACAGCAACAGCUGGACCUUUAAAUACGGACCAGGCAACCCCAAACAAUCUGGUCCCGGUGAGUUGCCAGACAAAUUCAUUAUCCCAGGAUCUCCUGCAAUCAUCUCCAUCCGGCAGGAGCCUACUAACAGCCAAAUUGACAAAAGUGACUUCAUAACCUUCGGCAAAAAGGAGGAGACCAAGAAAAAGAAGAAAAAGAAGAAGGGUAACAAGACCCAGGAAAAAAAAGAGAAAGGGAACAGCACGACUGACAACAGUGACCAGUGAGGUCAUCUCAUGGAAACAAGCCACUUAGCCAGUUUUUGUAAUAAUGGCAAAUCUCUCCCAUGUAGCAACUCCCCACUCCCUUCUCCUAUCUCCAUGAGCCCUCUCUUAUAGACCUCAGAAAUCUGCAGAAAGUUCCCUGUGUCUGUGUAGAUCACAUUUAAGAGGUUUUGUCUUAAAAGCUUUACUAAGUCUGGUGUUAACUCUUUCUCUCCACUCUGGCUUGUUUUCAGAACCUAAAAAGCAGACCCAAGUUUCCUUUCUCCUCCGCCGCAAAGGAGAAGCUUCCCAGCCCCGCCAGUGAGAGGUUGGACUCUCUGCCCUGUGCUCCGGGGAUCCUGUCUUGAUGACACUUGCAGGGCAGGCUCAAAGGUUUUGAGAUUGAGCAGCUUGGGUGUCUGUGGCCACUGGGUUUGUGUGGUUACCGUGGGCGUGUGAGUGCCAGACAUUGGCUGGGAUGGGCCAGAUGAGACUAGUUGGUGCAAGGAGGGCUGGGAAACAAAGGCAAAGAAACAGUGGGAGUUGCCAAUCCAGGGGGAACGUGAACUAAAAGGGACCAGACUUUCUAAAUCUUACAACUCAAGAGGCAGUGGCCACCCUCUCGCAGACAAAACCACCCCUGCCGACAAGGCUUUGGGCAUCCUCAAGUCUGUUGGCUGUGGUGUCAUUAUCCCUAAAACCUGCAUUACACCUACAAGCCAACAGUUCAGUGUUGAACGGGGCCAACCAGGGCACCAGAAGCAGAUCUGAUGUGUUUGCUGUGCGUCCUUGUGCUCACUUUAUCAAAAAUUCUUUUGCACACAAUGUUUAUGAAAAGGCUAGAUCCUUUUCCAACACAUAUGCAAAAGCAGAAGCGAAAGAAAACCCCAACACCUCACUUUAUGCUGUUUGUUGUUUGAUAGAUUUAUUUAAAAAAGAGAAAAUCUAUGACUAUAAAUCUUUAAAGAGAAAUAUGAUGAGUCCCCCCUCAACUCCUCAAAAGAGAAUCCAGUCUACAGCCAUUUAAAUGAUCAUUGCUGCUACAGAAGUGCUUUAAGAGAAUUGCCUGAAACAUCUGUAUUAUACCGGCCACCUGCCAAUCACAGCUUUACUCUUUCAGGUCACUCUGGGGCUGCCUCUUGCAUGUAUUAAUUACUAAAUAAAAGGAUCUUUCUCUGUCUCUUUUCUAAGAAACAAUUACGUGCACUUUGAAUACACAGUACCUUCUCUAGCCAACUAUAUCAAGACCCCGAAAUUGAAGAAAAAUAAUUGUUUUCUCAUACACACAGUGAGCCGACUUUUCAAUCCUCGAAUUCUGUGAUUUGUCUUGGUGUGCCAGCCCACACCUUCUCUUUGGUUUAGUUUUCCUUUUUUAGAACACUCUGAAUUGCUAAUCUUGCUGACACCUAUGAUGUUACCUGAAAUCAAUCUCCCAUAUGUAUGCUGUAUGCUAUUAUAAGACUCCUGAAAUAUACUUACUCCGUGCUUGUGUAUGUGAAUGUUAAUGCAACUAUACCUAGAGUGAACUUUAAGCUUUAUUGUUGAAUGUAAUUCCAUUAUAUUUCCUUUUGUACACCUGUGAAAAAGUGGAGUAGUGUUUUUUUAACCAUUGUUAAUCAGCUUUUGUGUAUGAAAGACACAGUAAAAUUUCUUUCUUAAAUCAA